AUGAAUUUUGAAGAUUAUUAGUAUCUCUUUAAAUUUGUAUUGAUUGGAGACACAGGAGUUGGCAAAUCCUGCUUCUUGUCUUAAUAUGUGAAAGGCAAAUUCAUCUAGGAGUAUGAUCCUACUAUCGGAUUGGAAUUUGAAAGCAAAUCUAUUGAAUUCAAUGAUGGUGUUGUUGUUCAAAAUCAAUUAUGGGAUACUUCUGGAAGCUCUCAAUUUAUGGCAAUAUAGAAAACAUUUUGUUAAAAUGCAGCUGCUGCUAUUGUUUUCUACAAAAUAAAUAGUGAAGCCUCAUUUAAAUCCCUACAAAAUUGGAUAAACAUUCUUAAAUAAGUCUCCUCUGAUAAGAUUCAGAUCGUUAUUGUUGCAACUAAUAAAGAUUUAGAAGAUCAAAGACAAGUACAAACAUCCUAAGGGAGAGAUCUUGCUGAUUCUUUAGAGGCAAAAUUUUAUGAGAUUUCCAAUCAUGACAAAGAUUAAAUAGACGGAAUCGUUAAUUCUAUAUCCUACAAUGUGCUACGUUUAAUCAAUUCCAGCAAGAUCAACCCAUUAAACACGCAAUAUGGUGUUAAAAUGAGUAGGUAAUAAGAACAACAAUAUGCAUCUUAAAUAGAAAACACUGAUGAGAAAGUCAUUUAGCAAUCACCUUCUCCAAAAAGGAGAGGUUCAGAUAUUAAAACCGAAUAAAAUAUGAUCUCCCCCAAUAAAAUAUCAGCCUCUCCUUAAAGAUCAUAACAAGAAUAAGAAUAAACUCAAUAAAAUUAAUAAUAAGAAAAACCAAAAAUUCAGUUAAGACACAUUCUGAUACCAAUAAUCGUUGCUUAUGUGCUGUAUUUAAUAUUUUUCUGAAUUAUUGUGUAUUAAAAUGUAUAUAUAUAAUAAUAGCAAUUUAAUCA